CAAAAGCGCGCGAUUUAAUAAUUUUGUUGUAUUUUUCGUUAAAAGACGCCGGAACAGUUAAUUUCAUUAAAUUAUCUACUUUAACAACAGUGUAUCAUUAAAAUAACCUACUUAAAACAUAAUAACGUCACUCUCUCUUCAAAACAAUGGAUGACUUCCCGUUUAAAGUUGAAUAUGCUAAAUCUGGAAGAGCUAGCUGUCGUGGAUGUAAGAGCAGUAUUGGAAAGGAUGAUUUGCGAUUAGCUCGUAUGGUUCAGUCGUAUCAUCACGACGGCAAAGAUCCACACUGGUUCCAUAUGAACUGCUUCUUUGCUAAGCAUCGCCCAAAAUCCAUUGAAGAGGUUGAACAUUUUGAGAAUAUUCGCUAUGAGGAUCAAAAGACGAUUAGAGGAAAGAUUGAGGAAUUAAGUGGGAUUUUGUUGCCAGAACCAAAGAGAAAGGGAAAAAAACGAACAGCUGACGAAGCAUCAACAUCAUCUGCUGCAGCCAAAAGUCUCAUUGUUAAGGAUUUCGGUGUAGAAUAUUCAAAAUCAAGUCGUGCAACUUGUGUUGGAUGUGGAAGUCUUAUUAUGAAGGAACAAAUUCGCAUAAAGAAAAUGGAUUAUGACACAGAAGUAGGUCAAAAGUUUGGAGGACAACCUUUAUGGCAUCAUCUUGAAUGUUUUGAUAAGAUUAAAACUGACUACAACUUCUAUCUUGGCGGUUCCGAUUUGCCUGGAUUCCGUGAUUUGUCUCCAGCUGAUCAGAAAGAGGUCAAAAAUGUCCUAAAAGCCAUCGAAAUAACAGAAGCACAGGCAAAGAAAUUGAAAUCAGAACCAAAAGAUAAGAACGAACUCAAGGAGGAAAAUGCACUGGAAACAAAGAUUGCCAAGCAAACAAAGCAACUGUUUAAAGUUCGCGAUACAAUAAAGCCAAUUGCAGGCAAAGGUGACCUACAAAAUAUUCUUUUUGCCAACAAUUCUGGUAUGGUUGAAGGCGUUGAUGGACUUUUGGAUCGUGUAACUGACUUCUUGACAUUCGGUGCACUCGAAAAAUGUCAAAAAUGUAAGAAGGGUGAUUUAGUAUUCGCAAAACAUGGAUAUAAGUGUAACGGAACAAUUGACGAAUGGACACCAUGCGAUAACUUUCAAGAGAAACCGAACCGUGUUAAAUGCGUGAUCCCAAGUGAAUUAAAGAACAGCAAGACAGCAACCUUCUUUACAAAAUAUAAGGCAAAAGUUGAGGACCGUGCAGUUCGUAAGAAUCUUCUUGCUGACGUCAAAAAGGCUAAGGAAGAAGAAACGACUCGCGAAUAUAAAGUCAAACGUGAGAAGGAACCGCUGUAUGGCUUUCAUAUUGUCAUUCUUGGAGACACUAAAAAACCGAAAGACGAAUUGAAGAAGAUAAUCACGAAGCUUGGUGGAAAAGUUGUUACUAAGUUGCAGGAACGAAUUGCCGUUGUUAUAAGUAACCCAGAAGAGGUUGAAAAGAUGAACAGUCGAAUGCGUGAAGUAAAAUCAUACGAUAUUCAAGUUGUACCCGAAACGUUCCUUAAAGCAGUUGAAAAAGGAACCAGAAAUGAGUCAAUGGAGAAAAUUAAAUCAAUGUCGAUUUGUGAGUGGGGUUCAGAUCCACUGACAAGAAUACCAUUGGAAGAUGAAGGACCUAAAGAAAAGGAAUCGAUGUAUGCACGUAAUACGAAGAAAACCGCAUCAGUAAAGUUGAAGAAUGGAACAGCACUCGAUCCUGAAAGUGGAUUAGAUGAUGUUGCUCAUGUUUAUCGUGAUAACAUCACAAAUCAACUAUAUACAUCAGUUCUCGGAUUGACAGACAUAACAAAGAAUAAGAACUCAUUUUAUAAAAUGCAAGUUUUGGAAUCAGAUGCUGGCAAAAAUUAUUGGCUAUUCAGAUCAUGGGGACGCAUCGGAACAAGUGUUGGAAGUACAAAAACUGAUUCUUUUUUUUCUGCUCAAGAAGCAUGUGAAGAAUUUGAGAGACUUUUUGAAGAUAAAACUGGCAAUUAUUGGGGUACAGAUUUUCAAAAGCAGCCUGGCAAGUAUUCGCCAAUUGAAGUUGAUUAUGAUGAUGAAGAAAAGGCUAAGCAACUGGCUGAAAAGCAGAAAAUCAAGUCAAAAUUACCAGCACCAGUUCAGGAUUUAGUCAAGAUGAUCUUUGACAUUGAUACAAUGAAGAAAACAAUGUUAGAAUUUGAGCUUGACUUGGAAAAGAUGCCUUUAGGUCGUUUGUCAAAGAAGCAGCUCCAGACAGCAUACGAAACAUUAAAUGAACUCGACAAGCUUGUUGCAAAAGGCGCAAAAGAAAAUGAGUUUAUUGGCUUAAGCAAUAAGUUCUUUACACUCGUUCCACAUAAUUUUGGAAUGAAGGCAGCACCAAUAAUAUCAACGUUGGAAAUAAUUCAGAGUAAACGUGAGAUGAUUGACUCAUUGCUUGAAAUUGAAAUUGCAUAUUCAAUUCUGCAAGAGGACGAUAAGGAGAAUGAAGACGUUAAUCCAGUUGAUGCACAUUAUAAGAAACUCAAGACGGACAUGAAGCCAUUGGAUAAGAAGGGCAAAGAAUUUGAGUUAAUUAAGCGUUACGUUGAAAAUACACAUGCCAAGACACACGACAAAUACAAGCUCGAAAUAUUGGAAGUAUUCAAAGUUGAUCGUUCAGGUGAACGACGUCGUUAUAAGCCAUUCAAAAAGUUACACAAUCGUCAGUUAUUAUGGCACGGAAGUCGUCUCACAAAUUAUGCCGGUAUUUUGUCUCACGGAUUGAAAAUUGCACCGCCAGAAGCUCCAUGCACUGGUUAUAUGUUCGGUAAGGGAAUCUAUUUUGCUGAUAUGGUCUCAAAAUCAGCCAAUUAUUGCUGUACAAGUUCUCAGCAAGAUGUUGGUAUUAUGCUGCUCUCUGAGGUCGCUCUUGGUGACAUGCACGAACUGAAUCGCGCUAAUUUCGUUACUAAAUUGCCCGACGGAAAGCAUUCUACAAAAGGUGUCGGAAAGACAAUGCCAUGUCCAACAGGUUUCGAAACACGCGACGACGGAGUAGUCAUACCUUGUGGAAAACCAAUCGUUAAGAAUGAUUUGCGAUCUGAACUGCUUUAUAAUGAAUAUAUUGUAUACGACGUUGCGCAAGUCAACAUCCAAUAUUUACUCAAGCUCAAAUUUAAUUACAAACGUUAAGUUAUUGCACGGCAACCGCCUGAUGCCUCAUCUCGUAUUUCCUCCGUAUAUGAUAAUACAGAAGUUAAUAAGAAGAACAGAAUUUACAAAGAUUUAAUCUAUGCCAAAACAUAUAUUAAUCACCAAUUACUUUACAUGCCACCAAACUUUUAUUUUUUGUUAUACUUUUUAAUUCCAUUUGCUUACUUUUAAACUUAUGUAAAAGCUAAUAUUAAUUUUUAAUGAUACUUAUUUUUGCUUAAAAGGUUAAGAAGUGAAUAUCAAUAGACAGUCUACAUUGAUAUGUAAUCACACAUUUUGUUGAAGAAGAAGAAAAUAAAGAUAUUUAGAUGAUUGAACGUUAUUUGAUGACAAAAACAUAAUUCAAGGAUUCUUAUGACUUUUGAGCUCUUGUGAGUUGAAUUAUGGAUAGGUUUGAUAUGCAAUGCUCUGUUAAAUUUCCGUAACAAGCAUAUUAGAUUUGGAAGUUA